CUGUGUGUUUGAGCAGAUUUGCUUCUAUAUAAUAUCUUUAUUGAAUUUAAAUAUCUUACUGUUCAGUAUGGGAUUAUUGACCAUUUUAAAAAAGAUGAAACAAAAAGAAAAAGAGGUUCGAAUUCUGAUGCUGGGAUUAGACAACGCAGGAAAAACAACCAUUUUGAAGAAAUUUAUUGGCGAAGAUAUUAACACUAUUUCUCCUACUUUGGGAUUUAAUAUUGAAACAGUGGAACAUCGAGGGUUCAAACUUAACAUUUGGGAUGUUGGUGGUCAGAAGUCACUUCGUUCAUAUUGGAGAAACUACUUUGAGAGCACGGAUGGACUUAUUUGGGUAGUUGACAGUGCAGAUAAACGAAGACUCUCAGAUUGUGUGAAAGAAUUACAUCAUCUGCUGGUGGAAGAGAGAUUAGCUGGUGCUACACUUCUUGUGUUUGCAAAUAAACAAGAUUUACCGGGUUCUCUUUCUUCGGAAGAAAUAAAAGAGAUAUUGGACCUGGAAGGCAUCAAAACGCACCAUUGGUCAAUAUUACCAUGCAGUGCUGUUACUGGCAAAAAUUUACUUGAAGGAAUAGACUGGUUAAUAGAUGAUAUAUCCAGUCGUAUUUUCACUCUUGACUGAAUAGGCCUUUCUAUUUUUUAUUUAUAAAUUGUAGGACACUUUAAUUAUAAUGACUACUAACUUACAUGCUCAUAGUAUGCAGUAUUCAAAUUGUUUUAUUUAAAAUUCAAAUUUGCUACUGUUUAUCGUUGCAAUGAUUUGGUGCCAUUUUAUUCCCUCUCAAUUUUGUUCCUUGUUGUGCAUGUCUGCAUAUGCGUCACGUUUUUUUAAGUUUUAGUAAACCUGGGGUGCUAAAAUUCAAUUUUAUAUAGUUAUUAUAACCCGGGAAAUGUUUUAGUUGUGGUGAAUACUGAAUAUAAUAUACUUUGCUCUGCUUGUUUGUUUAGACACCUAGCAGCAGGGUAAAGGCUGUUUCAGCUUGAAACUUAAGUUUCAAAACCCAUGAUGUGUUAAAAGUUGGGAUAUCUGGUCACCCCAGGCACCAAUAACAUUACGCUUAUGUCUGUUGUAUAUGUGCUUUUGUUUAAAUGUAAGUUAAUUUAACUAAUAUUGCUUACAACGGCUUAUAAUUUUUGCCAAUAUAAUUUCAUUCAUUUAUCUAUAUGUAAAAGUCUAGCUGUUUGAUUUAAAUGAUUUUGAUCAUUACCCAACCUUCUAUUAAAAAUAAAGCUUUGUUUUUUGUUGAAUGAUACAGCUGUGUAGAGUUACAUGACAAAUUAACCAGUGACAUUCCUUAUUACAAAUUUGUCCUAUUUUUUUAAGUAUGUCAACUAAAAUAUUUUGUACAUUAUCGUUAUUUAUAACCUAUUUGUCACAUGUUAAAUACCUUAAUGUUAGGUUUAUCUCAAUAUUCUCCAAUUUUUUCCAGUUACAAUUAUAGUUUAAUAUGUAGCUAUAAUUAAGCCAAAGUUGGUUCAAAACACACCUUAACUACAGUACUAGCGCAACACACCACUGUGCAUGACAUUUAAAACUGAAACUUUGCAUUAAUUUCUAG